GCACAUGCCCGGCCGCAGCUGGGACAGGGCUGGGCCUGGCCGGUAGCUACCGGUCCCGUAGAGACUGCACGGUCGCUCAUCAGACGCCAUGUUGAGAAGGACUAAACAAGCCCAAUUUUUUCAAUCUUCCAUCACCAAGGGCACAUGCAAGCCCCGGGAAAAAUAUUUCCAUCAGUAACAAUCAAAAUGUACAGCUCAGACAUGGUUUCUGAUAUCUGAAUUUUGGGGGGCUACUUUGAAAACCAAGAAAUGGGAUCAUCCUCUUUACAAAUCUCUGCAUUGCUUCUGGCUUUGGCGGGGCUCAUCAUUUUACUUGUUACAACUGUGUCCAACAAAUGGAAAAUUUCCAGCACUGCAACAUCAAUUAUUACUGCAAACUGGAUUUACGAAGGCCUCUGGAUGAACUGUGCAGCUACUGCCAUGGGUUCGGUUCAGUGCAAGAAAUUUUUCUCCUUGCUGAGUUUAGACACUUACAUACAAGCAUGUCGUGCCCUGAUGAUCAUUUCCAUCGUCUUGGGUCUCUUGGCUACUGUGCUGUCAUUGUUUGGUUUAAAGUGCACACAAGUUGGGAUGAGUAAUGAAAACACAAAAGUAAAGAUUUCUGUAACGGGGGGAGCGAUCUUCAUUUUAGCAGGACUCUCUUCCGUGGUGGCUGUUUCUUGGUAUGCUGCAAGGAUUACUGCUCAGUUUUUUGACCCACUGUAUGGUGGAACGAAGUAUGAACUAGGAGAUGCACUGUACUUAGGCUGGGCUGGAUCGAUUCUGUCUAUGCUUGGUGGGAUCUUCUUGACUUGUUCAUGCAAAGGGGGAAAAAGAGGAAAGCACAGCGACCGCAAGUAUGACUACUCCGCUGGCCAGGCAGCUCAUCAGCCACGCAUUUACACCAAAAAUUCUGAUACAGUCAUAACAUCCAAAGAUUAUGUGUAAACUCUUCUUUUAUUUUUUUAAUUGUUUGUACGUUAACAUCUUGUCAAUCCAAAUAAAAAGAUAAACUAA